AUGCGUGCCUCCAGCCAUAGGGCGCAUGUUCAAUGUAAACCCUAUGACGAGCACUCGACGCGCCUUCCAACGCGGGUUGGGACACGAGAUAGCGAUUCUGUACGGCUUCACAUCUCUCAUGAGGGGGAGAUUCGGCGUUAUGUCACUUUGAGUUACUGCUGGGGUAACGAGAGACCUCUCACCACGACCAAGGAUAACUUCCAGCACCAUACUGAAGCGGUUCCCCUGCUACUGCCCAAGAAUUUCAGUGACGCAAAGCGCGUUGCCAGGGCACUCGGUGUAUGGUAUCUGUGGAUCGACUCGAUCUGUAUCAUCCAGGACUGUGACAUGGCCUGGAAUGAAUAA